CUAGUAAAAGUAUUGUCUGAAAGUUCAUUUCCUUUCUGUCAUCACCAGGAAGAAGCCGCUAUGGGUUCAAAUGUCAAAACUUUUACCUUUGAGGAGGUGGCGAAGCACAACAACAAGAAUGAUUGCUGGAUUAUAGUCAAUGGGAAGGUAUAUGAUGUCACCGCAUUUUUGGAUGAUCAUCCAGGAGGUGAUGAAGCUUUACUGACUGCUACAGAGAAGGAUGCCACCACUGAUUUUGAAGAUGUUGGCCACAGUGAUUCAGCAAUUGAGAUGAUGCAAACAUACUUUGUUGGUGAGGUUGACACCAACACUCUUCCUGCAAAAGUUAACAACAAUCCACCACCACCAACACUAGCACCAGCACCAGCCUAUAACAAUCAAUCUUCUGGAUUUAUUGUGAAGAUGUUGCAGUACCUUGUGCCAUUGCUCUUGUUGGCUGCCGCAUUUGUUAUUCAGUUCUAUGCCAAGAAAACAAGUCCAACAAACGGUGAAAACUGAAUUUGAGCUAUGGCCAUCGCUUAAGUACAUCUAUAGUAUCACAGUGGCGACAGACUGAAAGCAGUGUUGUUUCUUUUCAUUUCCUUUUGGGGUAUCGUUUUAUUGUAUUGCUCAAUCUCUACCAUGCAGAGAUUUGUCUUCUUUAUGUGCUAUGGCCUCUUUCCUAGUUAUGCUAGCUGUUAAUUUAGACUUGAUUUA